AUGCGCCACACCAACAACGCCGUAAUAAAUUGUGACUCCAAUGGAAUGGAGGAAGCGUACGUUUGUACAUCAGUUCCACUGGACCCUGAAACGGAGCACUAUAUCACCGGCUACAAACCAAAUGUCGCAUCAAAGAACGCUCAUCACAUACUGCUAUUCGGAUGUGAAGAACCCGGAAGUGACGAUGAAGUCUGGGAUUGCGGAGAGAUGACCACAGAGAUGGACGGAAUGAGACAAGCACCAACCUGCAAAUCGAAACCCGCUAUUCUCUACGCAUGGGCUAAAGAUGCACCUGAAUUGAAACUACCCAAAGGUGUCGCGUUCCGCGUUGGUGGCGAUUCUGGCAUCAACCACCUCGUCCUACAGGUUCACUACAUGCACAGCCGUGACGAGCCGGAUCACAGCGGUGUCACAUUGUACCACACCGAAGAACCGCAACCGAAAACCGCCGCCACUAUGCUGCUUGUCACUGGAGGACUACUGCCGCCAAAGACUACUGAAUCGUUUGAGACUGCCUGCGUGAUCGAGGAAGAUGUGGAAAUCCAUCCGUUCGCUUUCCGCACUCAUGCUCAUCGCCACGGCGUUGAGGUCUCCGGAUGGGUGGUGAAUGAGAACGAGAAAGGUGAUGACCAAUGGUUCCUGAUCGGCAGACGUGAUCCUCAACUUCCACAGAUGUUCGCUCCGGUGAAGAACAAUUCGCUAGUCAUUCGCCAGGGUGAUAUGGUUGCUGCCAGAUGCAUUCUGAAAAACGACGAGGAUCGCGUGAUCAAAAUGGGACCAACGGGUGAAGACGAAAUGUGCAAUUUCUACAUGAUGUAUUGGACCGACGGGGACAGGAUCAUGAACGAUAACACCUGCUUCUCUCCGGGAGCUCCUGUUUAUCACUGGAGUUCGGAGGCUGGGCUCAAUCACAUUCCAAAGUGA